GCCAUGCUCAGUCUUCCCCACCCCACUUCUUCGCUUGUGGUGCUCUAUAUAUCCCCAUCGCCUCCUCCCUCCCGAUUUGCAGCCACGCCAAUGCAAACCCUCUCCAUUCUCCGCCAUUUCCAAAGGCUUUGCCCUCCCUCGCUCUGUAGCUAGCUCGAUCCCUCAGCUCCCUUAAUUAUCCCCCGUCCGUCUAAGCUUGCUACCAGCCGGCCGCAUGGGGCGCUGUUGGCAGAGAAGCGGCCGGAGGUGGCUCCUGCCGCCGCAGCUUCUCCGCUGGUCCUCGCUCCUGCUGCUCCUCGUCGCGCUCCUGCCAAGCUGCUGCCAGGCUUCGCGAGGCCGCGUGCAGCCGUUCGAGGGCCGGCCGCUGGAGGGCGCGGCGCCCAGCAGCUUCUUCCUCGGGUUCCUGCCGAGGCGGCCCGUGCCGCCGUCCGGUCCCUCGCGGCAGCACAACUCCGUCGGCCUCGAGAGCCAGCGGCAGCAGGAGCCGUGAGAGCAGGCAGGCAUGAAACAGGAGGGGCAUGCAGGUGCUUGUAGAGAGUAUAGGAUAGAAGCUUAUUAUGGACAGCAUGACAGCAGACAGAUACGGAUCAAAUGGUUUUUGGUCAGUUGAUUCGAUCGUACGUAGCGGGUCUUUUUCAAGGAUUGUUUUGUUAACUGUAUGUAGCGUGUUGUUGCUGUGGUUGCAUACACAGUCUUUUGGAAGAUAUGAUGUGUGCCUAACUUUGCGUUGGAGCAGCAGUGUUCGUUUGGUUUCUUGUUGUUACUGCUG